AAGCAUCAUCGCCGACAGAUUGGCCAGAUUGACACUUCACCGUCGCUUCAGCUACUAAACAGAAAGAACAGUCACUCAUUUGGACCAUUUCCAGCCAUGCUCCGAGCAUGAUAGCCGCGUCUGCUCGAUGCCUUCUCCGCCCGACUCGCCUCCCCUCCCUCCACCAGUCCCCGUCGAAACCCAUCCGUACCGAGUGGGCGGGUCACCGUCUCCUCUGGAGCAGCGAGCUCUUCCGGACCCGACCCGGCUCGCGCCCGAAGAUGCCUACUUUGCUCCAUCGCUUCUCCGGGCUCGUUCUGCCCAUGCGGAUUUUGAUGAAUCGCUCGAAUCGCUGAAUGAUGGCGCCCCCGAUAGUGUUGCGGACUUGCGAUCACCGCCCGACGCACGCAAGGUGAGGGGGACAAGCCGACGGAGGAGAAGAAAGGGGGCGUGGAAGAAGCUACUAUGGGUGAAGCAAUCAUACCCGGAUAAUUACACCGACACUGAGACCUUUCUUGACCACCUUCAACGAAAUCCGCGAGUGCGGCCCUACGACUUUUGGCCAUUGGUGGCGGAUUCUACGGUGAUUGUACAACAUGUCUGCUCGGUGGCUAUCUUUGUGUGUUGUUUUGUCGGGAUUGUGCAGGGGAGAGUGAGCCCGGUUUCGGUCGUUUGUUGGAGCAGUUCUGGGACGGCCCUGGGUUGGAUUCUGUGGGACUCAUGGGCUUGGAAGGAACAUAGGGAUGGUUCGCAUGCUGCUGAUGCUGUGGAGGGCGAUGAUGGUUCCAGUUCGAGCUCCAUGGCGAGCUCGGUCAAUCCGUCUGCUGCUGGAUCGCGGUCAAACGUUCAGAAGGAGGGUCAGGUUCAUGGACUUGGACUUACAAUGAGUGAGCCUAAUGAACCGCUGCGAGGACGUGCAGACUUUAAUGGGGAUAAUGGCAUGCUGGAUCCGUCACCCAGCGCGACUCAUACGGGUACCUCCCACGAGGCCAGAUCGUUGCUUCUAUCUUCGCGGAAUCGCCAGAGACUCACCACGGUCAAGUCGGCGUUUCUCAUUUACUUUGCGUUGCUUGGGCUCAGUCCGAUUCUGAAAUCCCUGACCAAGUCCACGGCCAGUGAUUCGAUUUGGGCGAUGAGUUGCUGGCUGCUGAUCAUGAACAUUUUUUCCUUUGACUAUGGAAGCGGGGAGGGCGCAGGCGCCACCAAGUUCCCAGCUUCUUUGUCUACCAACGCAGCUGUGAUGGCGUCGACCGUGCUUGCGUCUCGGUUGCCGUCGACAACGCACGUGUUCAGUUUGAUGCUCUUUUCGAUGGAGGUGUUUGGUUUGUUCCCGAUCUUCCGUCGACAGCUGCGUCAUAUUUCCUGGACCGGACAUGUGCUUCUGACUCUGGCGCUGGUGAUUGCCGCCGGAGGAGCUGUUGGGACGACUCUGCGCGGAGGAUGGGCAGCGGCCGUUGUUGGCUCUAUCCUGGGCAGCAUCUUGACGGCUCUGGCGAUGGGAGGCUGUAGCUGGUGGUUGAUCAGCCUUCAGAAAUACAAAAACGUGGUAACGGGGCCUUGGGAUCCAGCGCGCCCUAUUAUACGGCGACAUUGGGAUUGAUGAUUGUGCACUUGAUUCUGGAGAACCUUUAUCUUCACGAUACCCCGUUGUUGUUGAUAUCUGCUAUCUAAUAUGUAUAUCUUAAUUUACUGAUCUUAUGUCUUCCAAUUGGAAUCUACCUAACUGUCUGC